UAAAAACCGCAAGACAGUGUGUCGAGGUGAAAGUGGGCCAUGUGUUAGACUGUGCUGUUCGGGGCUUUCGACCUUAGAUCUCGAAGCCCGGCUCGUGAGGCAGCUCCACCGUUCAUAUACGCAAUUGGCUGCGAAGUCUACAACUGCUUCCUACUACUGCGUGGCCCAAACACAGCAGACAGCGCACACACAUACACAGACACGCACGCUAUGUGGCGUGAGUGUGCGCGAUGCUGCAGGAGCACAAAGUCCCCCGGUCCUUGGAGCAGUCUCUUAUAGGAAUGUUUGAAGAUUAACGAGGUUAUCCGCGUCCUGUAGACCCACAAGCUACUGCCAGCUGUAACGUGCAGGCCAGGAAGCGGACAGAGCAGGCGCGCGGGGUGUGAAAGGCGGACUGGGAGGAAGGAAGUCCCCGCUGUAGCUGCAUCGGACAAGGGCAGAGAACGGAACCAUGACGGAGAAACGGAUGUCGCGGUGGUAUUUCGGUGGGCUGGCGUCUUGCGGAGCAGCAUGCUGCACACAUCCUCUGGAUCUACUCAAGGUACACCUGCAGACACAGCAGGAGGUGAAAAAGAGGAUGAUGGGGAUGGCCGUUCAUGUGGUGAAGAAUGAUGGUGUGCUGGCUCUUUACAAUGGCCUCUCUGCCUCCCUUUGUAGACAGAUGUCCUAUUCUCUCACUAGAUUUGCCAUCUAUGAGACAGUAAGGGACAUGAUGGGCAGCACAAGCCAGGGCCCCAUGCCCUUUUACCAGAAGGUCCUUCUGGGAGCAUUUGGAGGUUUCACUGGUGGGUUUGUUGGCACGCCGGCAGACAUGGUGAAUGUCAGGAUGCAGAAUGACAUGAAACUACCUCCAGAACUGAGGAGAAACUACAAACAUGCCAUCGAUGGGCUCUUCAGAGUCUUUAGAGAAGAGGGUGUGAGGAGACUGUUCUCAGGAGCCACCAUGGCUUCCAGCAGAGGAGCGAUGGUCACUGUGGGACAGUUGGCGUGUUAUGACCAGGCCAAGCAGCUCGUCCUGGGAACAGGCAUCAUGGGAGAUAACAUACUCACACACUUUCUUUCCAGCUUCAUUGCUGGAGGCUGUGCUACAUUACUGUGCCAACCUCUGGAUGUAUUAAAGACAAGGCUGAUGAGCUCAAAAGGAGAGUACACCGGGGUGACGCAUUGCUUACGAGAAACUGCCAAACUUGGUCCGCUGGCAUUUUACAAGGGUCUGGUCCCCGCAGGGAUCCGCUUGAUUCCUCACACAGUGCUCACUUUCAUCUUCCUAGAGCAGCUCAAGAAAAACUUUGGCAUCCGCAUCAUCUCCUGAGCACACUGUGUGACGAGCCCCCCCCCCCCAACACAGCCACACCACACCCUUGCAUCCCUCUACUCCUGGCAUUUACAAGAAAAGAAGGAGAGAAAGGGACUCUUGUAGGUUACUUCUGGGGCUUCUGUAGGUUUUACUUUCACUUUUGCUCUACCUCCAUCUCACAGCUAGCUAGACUUUGAUUAUCAUGAGCUGACUUCUAAGGGGACAAAUACUAGAACUAAUGAAAAAUAUCUUCUAUCAGCAUAGAUUAAUCAAUAUGAUGGUGCUACAAAUGGUUUUUUUAGAAUGACAUAGAGAGAAGAUUAAAAUAAUCUCUAGCAGAUGUUUAAUAUAGUUUGUGGAAUUUCUGAUGGUGUUAGUUAUGUGAAAGAAUGAGACGUUUAGAGAUUGAGUGUUCAUUUUGAGAAAAGGAACAAUUCAUCUGUUCACAAACAGAUAAAAUGUUGACUUUACCUAAUUCCAGAUCAGGUUUUGUAAUUUAUCUUUUACUUUCAGCAGUACUUAAGCCCAUUUUACCAGUGUAGCUCGUUUUCUUCAGAGCUCAGACUAAUGUGACGAUUUUGGCCUAAAAAGAUGUUUCCUGCAAGAUUAUGCCAUGACAGAGUUUAUGAUCAGAAUCCCAAAUUACCACCAUCUACUAGCCAAAAGCAUUUGGCUGGUAGAUUUGCUUCACUCCCCACCCAAAAAAUGAUGGUUAUUUAUUGAGUGGCUGGUAAAAUUUGAACAUUCACUAGCCAUUUGGCUAGUGGACAACAAAAGUUAAAUUUAGACCCCGUUUAAAAUAUAGCAGAAGAACAAAAUGCAACAAACACUGUAACCUUGUCAACAGUGCCAGUCUUUACAAUCUAUAUUUCACAGAAGCCGUAACUAAAACAGGA